ACAGUUACAAUGCGUUGUAGUUUUAAUUAAUUUUUUUCACCACCUUGUCGUGCCAUACUCCCCCUGGCCUCGAUAUGAGCUAAGAGGAGCCUGUGCACUGUGCCUGAGCACAGAACACCGGUGCAACUAUGAAGGACACCAUGUUACUGAUGCCCUAUCAAAUUCUGAUACUUCUUUUCCUGCUACAAAUUAAAUAUAGUACCGCAUAUGAAAGUGACUCAUUCGAUCCCGAUCAAAGUAAUUAUGAAGAAAAUAGUCUUUAUGACAGAAAUAGGAAAUCGUACAGUGCUAGAGAGCAACCUGACGCAUUGAGGAACUACUAUCAAACACAAAAUAGAAGAUAUUAUGAACAAGCCGAAUCUCCAGAUGGAGAUGAAGAAAAUGUACCAAACGGUUACACAAGAAGAUCCGGCGAAGAAAGUGAACCCGAAAUAGAGGCUAGACAUUCAUUUCCUUAUUCAUUAACUUCAAGUAAAUGCAUGUGUGGCAACAACAACAACAAUGAGAAACCCACAAAUACCAUCUGUUUCUCUAGCCCAGAUGGUGGUAAUCACUUUACCGUCAAAUUCAAUGGCUUAGGGGUAUUUAAUAUAGGAAAUCUCAUCAAAUCUUACUUCGCCCACAUUAAGAGCCAGAGCGAAAUUAAAAUUGAUCAAAAUCAUUUUUUUUCGGACUCCAUAAAUUCACAGUUUGACAGCAAUAUUGCUUAUGUGUAUAAUAACAGUAAAAUCCAUAUUCAAAAAAAUAUUGAUGCCAAUGAGCUAACCCAACUAGAUGCUUCUCAAAAACAAGCCCUAGCGCAGCUACUGGCUCAAAUAAAAGCGCUCAAACAGGCACAGUUACAGGAGCUAAUACAGAAGGAAUUAGGCGUACAAACGCAAACACAAGAGCAGAUAAAGUUAAAGAUGCUGUUACAGGCGCUAUUAAAAGGAAACACUCAGAUACAGAUUCAAAAGCCGAAUAAAGACGCAAAUAAUAGUCAUCUUCAAUCGCUAAUUAAUGCUCAAUUACAAGAAAAACUAAAAGAAAUUUUACAAUCGAAAACUCACAAGAAGACAGGUGAUCAAGAAAAUCAAUACUAUAUCAUGUCGAACACUGAUAAAAAAUCAGGUUUAUUGGAAAAUUUGAUGAACAGACUGAAACAAAAAAUUGGCAAACUUGGCAAUGGGGGAGGGGGAAUAUUUGGGGGAGGAGGUGAAAUAGGGGGUAGGGGAAUAUUAGGGGGAGGCGGUGGUAUAGGGGGAUUAUUUGGGGGAGGUGGUGGAAUAGGGGGUGGGGGAAUUAUUGGGGGAGGUGGUGGAAUAGGAGGAGGGGGAAUUAUUGGGGGAGGUGGUGGAAUAGGGGGAGGGGGAAUAAUAGGCGGAGGAGGAGGAAUUGGGGGAGGUGCAGUAAUAGGUGGUGGGGCAGGAAUCGAAGGAGGAGCAGCAAUAGGUGGUGGGGCAGGAAUCGAAGGAGGAGCAGCAAUAGGUGGUGGGGCAGGCGUUGAAGGAGGAGCAACAAUAGAGGGUGGGGCAGGAGUUGAGGGAGGAGCAGGAAUAGGUGGAGGGGCAGGAAUUGAGGGAGGAGCAGGAAUAGGUGGAGGGGCAGGAAUUGAGGGAGGAGCAGCAAUAGAGGGAGGGGCCGGAAUAUGGGGCGGGGGAUCAAUAGGAGGUGGAGCAGGAAUCUUUGGAGGAGGUGAAAUAGGGGGGGGAGCAGGAAUAGGCGGAGGUGGAGGAAUAGGGGGAGGUGGAGGAAUAGGCGGAGGAGGAGAAAUAGGGGGUGGAGCAGGAAUAGGCGGAGGUGGAGGAAUAGGGGGAGGAGCAGGAAUAGGGGGAGGUGCAGGAAUCGGGGGAGGAGGAGGAGUAUGGGGAGGAGGGGGAAUAGGUGGUGGAGCAGGAAUAUGGGGAGGAGGAGGAGCAGGAAUCCUGGGUGGAGGGGGAAUAGGGGGACGAGGAAGAGGAAAAGUAUGGGGACGACAAGCAAAACCAGGAGGAUUGUUUAACAACAGUGGAGGGCUAGGUAUUCCACCAUAUCAGCAAUAG